UGUGUGAAUUUAUUCGCUUCCGCCGCCACCCUCCUCCUGCUGCUUAUCUUAGUAUUCCACUGGCACCAAGACCAAAGUGUUUGUAUUCUUCAUUCGCCUCUAGCUGUAAGGUGUGUGGUAAGGGGCUACGACGACCAAAUCAGAGCACAAUCCGCAACCGGCCAGCCAUCCAGCCAGCCAGCCAACAACGGUCAGUUUCGUUUUGGAGCUUUCGGACGUCGGUCAGUCAGUCAGUCAGUUAGUAGGUAGUACUGCGGUGACAUACUUGUGGCAUUGGAUUGCUGGUAGCAAGUUGUCGUCCUCACCGGUGGUCGUCCAUCCGCGCCGCGCGUUAUUGUGAGUUAUCGUUCUGGGUCGUUUCCGGGGACCUGGAGUCCCAAUAGCCGUUAGGUUCUCUGUGUCGUCGCGCGUUGAAGAUUGAAAUUUACGGUUGAACGUGUGCACCGCGCUAACGUGCGGAAGAUAUUUUCUUUACGAGAGACACGUGUCCUUGCUGUGAGGUCCGGGCCCGGCCUGGGCCAGGUCAAGACUCGUUCGUAUACGUAACACCGGAACAGCAGUUUGUUGUCAUUAUAAGUGCGCUACACCAAUUCCCAGUACUGCUGGGGCUGUGAUUUACUCGGUGUGUGGGGAGGAGAUUGCGAAAAAUUUUCGGCCCUGGUGCUCUGACAAACUAUGAAGCACGCCAAGAAGUACAUCAUCGGAGCGUCGGCGCUGCUCAUCAUCCUGGUGGGGUGCGGAGUGGCCGUCGGAAGAGCGCUCAACAACGAUGACGAAUACAUGUUCGAUAACACCCCGAAAACGAUGGACACAAUCCUGACGGAGAUCCGUAGCCACAUGCAGGACUACUCCGUGGCGGCUUACAUCGUGCCGUCGGUUGAUGCCCACAACACGGAGUACAUCUCCCAGCACGACCGGCGCCUUCAAUACGUGACCAACUUCACCGGUUCUGCUGGAACGGCGAUCAUUACCCUAGACAAGGCACUGCUCUGGACCGACUCGCGAUACCACUUGCAGGCGGAAAACCAACUGGACUCCUCCCAUUGGACCCUGAUGAAGGAAGGCGUCAGCGGAGUUCUGACGCGUGACCAAUGGCUGCUGGAGAAUCUACCCUCGGGGUCUCAGGUUGGGACGGAUCCUUUCCUGAUCGCCAGCACUGAGUUCGAACGACUGGGAGCGGUUUUGGCAGCUGGUGGACAUCGGCUGGUCACGCUGGAACGCAACCCGGUGGACAUCGUGUGGAACAACCGUCCGGCGCAGACCAGUGGGGAUCUGAUUCGGCUGGAUAUCAAGUUUUCUGGAAAACGAUCUGCCGAUAAGAUCACCGCUAUCCGUGAAACCUUGGACACCCACAAAGCUACGGCUAUCGUAAUCAACGGACUGGAUGAAAUCGCCUGGCUGUUGAACCUCCGAGGAACGGACAUCCGUUACAACCCGGUGUUCUUUGCGUACGUCAUCGUAUCCAAGAGUGAGAUCAUUCUUUUUACCAAUCCGGACCGAAUCAACGAGACCAUCCAGGAGCACUUCCGAGAGGAGGGAAUCUCCGUGGUGGUUCGAGACUACGGGGACAUUCUCGACGGUAUUGAGACCCAAGCUGAAAGCGAUGGUAAGCUGAUCGUGGCCACUUCGUGCAGUCAAGCGAUCUACUCCAAAGUUCCGGCGGACAAGCGAAUUCAGCUGUACAGCGUUCUGGCUACGAUGAAGGCCGUCAAGAACUCCGUUGAAGCGGAAGGCAUGCGGAAGACUCACAUUAGGGAUGGUGCGGCCGUUGUCCGUUAUCUGCAUUGGCUCGAGGAGAACGUCGAUUCGGAGAACAUAACGGAGCUGUCGGGUGCGGCGAAGCUGCGUGAGUUCCGUAGUAUGCAGGAGAACUUCGUAGACUUAAGUUUCACCGCAAUCAGCGCCUUCGGUCCGAAUGGGGCCAUCGUUCACUACAGUCCAAACGAAGAGACGGACGCCUUGAUCACCAGAGACAAUAUCUACCUCAUCGAUUCCGGUGGUCAGUACUUCGAUGGUACGACGGACAUCACCAGAUCUGUGCACAUGGGUGAACCAAAUGUCUUCCAGAAGGAAGCCUUCACCCGCGUUCUAAAAGGUUUCCUCAGCCUCGGAUCGGCGGUCUUUCCCACCAAGACCUCCGGCACUUUCUUCGACGCGAUGGCUCGCCGAUCGCUGUGGGACGUCGGGCUGGACUACGGCCACGGCACCGGUCACGGCAUUGGAUCCUUCCUGGGAGUUCACGAAUACCCGCCGUCCAUAGUGUCCAGUACGUCCUCUCCGGGCAAUCAGGGUCUUCAGGAGAACAUGUUCACCUCGAACGAACCGGGAUACUACGAAGCGAACCAGUUCGGGAUCCGGCUGGAGGACAUUGUCCAGGUGGUGAAGGCCAACGUGGCGCACGACUUCGGAGGUCGAGGGGCGCUGACGUUCUACACCAAUACGGUGGCGCCGCUGCAGACCAAGCUCAUGGACGUGGCGUUGAUGAGUGAGCACGAGGUGCAGUUGGUGAACAGGUAUCACGAGCGAGUUUUGCGGGAGGUAGGGCCUUUGCUGUUGGAGCAGAAGGCGGACGAUGCUUACGUUUGGUUGGGCAAGCAGACCCAACCGAUUGUGAAAUCGUAGUAUAAACAAAAGGUUUUAGACAAUAA